UCGUAAUCAUUUGUGUAAACAAGGAAGUUUCUGUCACAGCCUCAACCCUAAUUGUAAGUGCCGUGCUGCUUUGGUUUUACCUCAAUGAAGCCUUCAAAACCUUUAUAUUAUUACUUUUUUUCCAAAACCUAUGCUGCAAGAAUGCCAACGGAGACAACUUUCUAAAAACAAUGUUCAGACUUCCUCGUUCUGCUUUCUUUCCACAAGUGGUUUUAUCUACUAAUGCAUACGGAGAGCCACAGGCUAUCUGUGUUACCAGCAAGUGCAGAAAUACUCGUCAACAACCAAGUGCAAAGUAACUCUGUAAGAUGAAAGGUGUAAGACAAAUUCAAAAGAUUGUUCAUGACAUCCAAAAGAGUGAUGGCGGAUUUAUGAGCAGGUUUAAAAAGUUCCAAAAUGAACAAAUGGCCCUGAUGCGCAAAACUGGGAAAAGUACUUGGGAUCGAUUCACGAAACAUCCACCACCUUCUGUUCCUCGGAGAGAUUAUUCAGAAGGCGCAGGAGCACAGGAGGGAGAACAAUGGUCUGACAAUGAAUUUGAUACCAGUGAUUAUGAAAAUCCAGAUGGACGUUCUGAUGACUCAGACACUUAUGAAGAUCCACGUGAUGAUGGUGAUGAUGAUGAAAAUUAUGAGCCACCUCCUAGUGAAAAUAAAAACAAGAAAAUAGUUGCCAAACCUAUGCAUAUUUCCAAGGGUGAUUAUGCAGACAACCGACCAGCAGCCUCUUUUGCAAAGCCACCUCCAAUGCUGUCACGAUCGUCACCAGUUCCAGUCCAACGAAAGAUACCUACACAUUCACAGAAAAUAGGAGAAAGGGAAGAUGAUGAGGAUGAUUAUAUUGUUCCUAUGGAGAAUAAUGAACGUGAUGAUGCAUACAUUGACCCUACAGAGAAAAGUGCACCUCCAGUAACAUUGAAACCUCCAAAGGUGAACAGAGCAGCCAAACCAAACAAACCAUCAGGUUUAUCCUCAAGUCCCAAAGCAAGACAUCUUCAUGAUCAAGAGCAAGGUGCCUCUGCAGGCCAGCUGAACACACAAAGCUCACAAGAUCAUGAUGUAUAUGAAGUUCCAGAUACAGAGGAAGCUUCACCAUCAGUGCCCAGGUCCAAACCACUACUUCCAAAACCUGGAUCCACAGGAACAGGAAGUCCAUUGUUACCUCCUCGAUCAUCACCACAAGUAAGCAGUACACCAGAAAUACUCAGAAGUGAAGCACCAGUGAACAGAAAAGCACCCAUUCCUCAACCUGAGGAUGACAAUGAAGAAUAUGAAGUAUGUGACCCUGAACCAAGUAAUUCAAGUGGCAGCUCACAGGAUUCCAGGAAUGUUCCAGAAAUUCCAAUACCACCACAAAGGGAUCUGAAGCCAACAAACAGACCUUUCCCAAAACCGAGAUUGGGUGAACCUUCAAGGGAACAAACUGAAGGUGAAAAGCCCAGAAUCCCUGAUCGGCCUCGACUCUCAAGCCCAACAGCAGAAGCUCCUGUUGUACCAGCACCACGUCUUGGCUUUAAGCUAGGUGUUCCGAGGUUGCAACCUACAAACCAACCAAACUUUCCAGAAAUUCCAACCAGAUCUAAUGGGACUCUUGGACGACCCGAUCUCCCUGCACGUGUUUCCAGCCCUAAUUCAAGUUUAGAACAGGAUCCGAGUGUUGAUGGCAAAAUAUGGUUUUCAAGUAAUUAUGACCGAAAAGCCGCGGAAGAGGCUUUAAUUAAACUUAAUAAGGAUGGAUGCUUUCUUAUAAGAAAAAGCUCUGGGCAGGACUCUAAGCAGCCAUAUACGUUAGUUGUAUUGUACAAACGACGAGUCUAUAAUAUUCCUGUACGCUACAUCGAAUUAACAAAAGAAUAUGCAUUAGGGAAAGAGAAGAAUGGUGAAGAGCGGUUUUCCAGUGUUGCUGACAUCAUUGAAAACCAUCAAAAGAAUCCUUUGGUACUCAUUGACAGCCAAAAUAACACAAAGGACUCCACCAAAUUAAAGCAUCCAAUCAAAUGUCAUAAUACAGACUUUUAACUGAAUGGAUUCAUUCUCAUUUCUAUUUGACAUGACUGGUUCUCAAUUUCAAACAAAAAAUUAUUGUAGUGCAAUUUUCAAGCUGUGUAAAUCCAUACAAUGAUGUUCCCAUAAGAGAUGUAUUAUAUAACUGUUACAUCAGUGUUUGCUAAAUUCCAUCAGCAAAUGAAUGUUGAACAGGAGCAUUUUAUUGAGAGUACAAGUUAGUAGAUUAUAUAUCAAAGUGUGUUAUUAAAGCCACUGUACAGUUGUUAAGGUUGGACAGGAGCUACUAUCCAAAUGACAACCAUGAACAAAGACAACCUAUUUUUGUAAGCCAAGCUUUCUUUUAGUUAAACUUAACUUUACUGUAAUAAGUAAAAGCUAUGAAUAGUGUACUUUCAUUUCUCCAAAUAGUCACAUUCCAAUUUCUAAUCAUCAUUCGUAUUGAAAAUUUAUUUUCUGGUAAGCACUAUAAGAAUAUUUAACUAUUACCGAGUAGUAACGAUGACAGAAUCAAAUGCGAAAGUGAAAUGAAGAUCAGAUUCGCUAUUCUGGUUAAUGGGAAUAUCAAGUUAAACAUUCGCUUUUCACCUCCAGGUGAAUUCAAAUGCGAAUUAGGUUGAUGGAAUAAAACAACCGGCUUGUUGUAUGAGUUUGUGAUAAAAAGAGAUUGAGCAGACUAAAUUCUGUUCUUGUUCAUAAACCAACACGAUAAAACCACCUGCAAGUUGAUGCUUGCUAUCGUUAUCAUCCAGAGAAGGAUCGCUAGUGUAGAGAAGGGAAAAUGUAUGCUUUUAUCACAGGUGGUGCUUUUUGAAAUGGCCAAGGUUUAUUUUUGGAGAAAUUAAAAGAUCAGAGCUCCACAUGGAAUUCCCACAUUUCUAUGUUACAAGUAAAGAUAUUGUGUGCCUGAAAUUAGAAGUGGUCAAUUUCCAUUGUUUAUUGAUGAAAUCAAAAUUUGCACAAGUUUGUCAUUAAGUUGUUAAUUUGUUAUAAACCUAACAACAUUACUUGCAUGAAUAAGCAAUUUGAAUGUCUUCUUGAAUACCUUGUAAUUUUAUUCUAAGUCAUGUCAAUUGUUUAUUGCAAGUCAAGUAAUACAACAAAUGCAACUUAAGUAUUGCACUGAAAGCCAGCUUGAAUCUUAAACAGUGUAAAAGUGACUAUGCACAAGUCAGAAUGUUGUAAAAACCUGCUGAUUCACUAAUUUCCUUUAGGGAAAAAGAAAUGGAGACUUUGUGAAUACCACCCACAUUUAAAAAAAAGUAAUAGAAAAAUCACAUUUGGAAAAUACAACAAUUUGUCAGUGAAAGUACUAAUUUUUGUUUGAAUGAAAGAAUAUU